CACCUCAUCCGUUUCCCCAACUUCUCGAGUGUGCAAAGAACCUCAGGCUCUGAUCUGGAUUGAGAAGAUCAAAAACCGAAUGCCACAACUACUAAGGAGCACCGUGGCCCCUAUCGUGGUGCUAUAUUGGACAGAGAGCUGGGUCGUAUUCCCGCCACCAUCACCUUCACGCGCAACUUUCCGCUUCGGGAAAUCCUCAUCCCCUUCUCCAAUGGUAUCGUUGAGGGAUAGCUUUCCCAAGAUACUUGUAACGCAGUGAUAAUAUCCUCUCACUGUGCGACACUUCAACUCUUACGAGAUGGACUUCUUACAGGCUCAAAACCUCAGUCUCACACCAGCAACAAAUGACAUAACGCACCAAAUCCAGGCGAAUGGCCGAUUCAUUUAUUACGCCGCUCUCAGCAUCAUAGUGUUCUGUGUAUGGCAUUUCCACUCACCAAAACAUGGACCUCAUGUCUCGGCACCAUUUUACGAGGUGUCCAGGUUGAGGUGGAUGUUUAAUGCUGAUGCUUUAAUCAAAGACAGCUACUGCAAGUUCAGAGACAGUGUGUAUCAGAUAAGAUCUACGGAAGGCGUGCGGACAAUAAUACCACCGACGCUCGUCGGUGAAUUGAAGGGUCUGCCAGAGGAUACCCUCAGCGCCAAGACGGCAGUCAGUGAGGCUAUGCUGAGUGAGUACACGCAUUUAUCGGCAGAUGCUCACUCGGAUGUCCUCACUCUGCUCUUGAAAACCAAAGCAACGCAUCAUCUACAGAGGAUGGUUCCGACCCUUAAGGAGGAACUCCAAUUCAUAUUAGAUACAGAAUUCCCUGUCUGUGAAGACUGGACACCGUUUAGGAUACAGCCGUUCAUGGUACGCGCCGUCUCUCGACUCAGCGGUCGAGUUUUCGUGGGAUCGACAUUGAGCCGGUCAGAGGAAUGGCUUCAAGUUAGUGUGAGUUUCGCUGUCACAGCGUUUAUCGCCGUGACAAAGUUACAAUUCUUUCCGCCUUGGAUGCGUCCAGUGGCACAAUACUUUGUCUCGGAGCUUAAGACGAUUCGUAAAGACCUCGCCAAAGCCCAGACUAUGCUGCAACCCCUGAUAGAAGAGCGCCUGAGCUAUGCCGAUGGAUCAGACCAGGAGAAACCGGAUGAUUUCAUACAAUGGCUUUCGGACGCCCUGCCAGAGGAAGAGAAGCGGAAUUAUUUCAUACAAGCAAAGAUGCAACUAUUACUCAGCGCGUCUUCGAUACAUACAACGAGUAACCUCACCACCGAUUGUAUAUACGAUCUCGCUGUGCAUCAGGAUAUGCAGGAUAUCCUGCGAGACGAAGUUGCCGAAGCGUUUGCAGAAGACGAUGCUUGGGAAAGGAAAGAUACCAUAGGAAGACUAAAGAAGAUGGAUAGCUUCAUCAAGGAGUCGCAGCGGCUAUCCAGUAACAUAACGUCAUUCAUUCGCAAAGUAAUGAAACCAAUCGACUUAUCGGACGGCACACAUCUUCCAUCAGGAACAAGCGUCCUGACGCCGCUGGCAGGAAUGUCAUCUGACGAGCGGUAUUUCUCCGACCCCGAAGUCUUCGACGGCCUGCGAUUCUGGAAGCUGCGGCAGCAGAAAUCACCCUCUUCAACACGGUCUCCAUCUCCCUCAUCUACCUCGUCCACAACCACCCAUCGCAAAUCCUCCACUUCACCACGAUCUUCGUCUCCCGCCAACAAUUCCAGCAAAUAUCAGUUCACCAGCAUCGGCGAUACGAAUCAGAAUUUCGGGCUGGGAAAGCACGCCUGCCCGGGCCGGUUCUUUGCCGCGCAGGAGAUCAAGAUAAUCCUAUCCUACCUUUUGCUCAACUACGAUAUCAAGCUCCGCGACGGCGAGGCUCGUCCCGCACCCGUCGUCUUUAUGAUGACCAAGAGUCCAAGCCAGACAACCGAGGUGCUCUUCCGCCGACGGAAGACGUAAAAGAGACCUUAUCUCGAGACGUUAUGUCAUAUAUAAAGAAAAUCAAAAGCGACAUUAUUCGGGUGUUUAAAUCUUAAACUCAGGAGCCCGGAGCUUCCCGGGUCGAGUAGCCGCUGGCACAUGUAUGUGCUGCUGCUCAAUGAAUUAAUUUCUAACGAGGAAGUACCAGGCGUUUUGGGGUUAUUACAUACAUAGGAGGGUAAAGGUAAAUAUGCACAUAUACCAGACUAUGAGACACAUACAUAUGUAUAUAUAAUCUUUAUACAUAGCAAUAAACAAAAGUAAA